AUGGCGAUGGAAGUAGCAACACCAGCACCGGCACCGAUCCCUGCACCGGAGAGAAACCUCGUCCUCGCGCCGGCAGUCGCGGCCUCUGUUGAGAAUCACAAGAAGAACAGGAUCCAAGUUUCCAACACGAAGAAACCAUUGUUCUUCUACGUUAAUCUCGCCAAGAGGUACAUUCAACAACAUAACGAGGUCGAGCUCUCUGCCCUUGGAAUGGCAAUCACAACUGUGGUAACAAUCUCUGAGAUCUUGAAGAACAAUGGACUUGCAACAGAGAAGAAGGUGUUGACAUCGACUGUGGGAAUGAAAGAUGAGACCAAAGGAAGAAUGGUUCAGAAGGCAAAGAUCGAGAUAGUGUUGGGCAAGUCAGACAAGUUUGACUCUCUGGUGCCACCCGUGACCAACGGCAAAACCCCGGAGGAGGAAGCUAAUGCAGACACGGAGGCCGCCGUGAAAGCACAAGAAGAAGUUGUUCCCACCACUGAGGCCUAG